CAGGGCUUGCUACCGUGUCACUGAGCAAUGAAGUGUCACUGAGGAUAAGAAACCAUGCGUUCAGUAGUUGGCCUAGUACUGUUGUUUGGGACUGCCACAGUUUACCUAUACUUACUUUCUGCAAACCUUCCGUCUCUGAGACAUAGGGCUACUGUUGUUAAUGCUGCUAUUCCUCCUGCAUCAGAACUGCAGUCCAAUGGACAAAGUCCAGUACAACUUCAAGAGGACCCGACUGCGACUGAAAACGAGGAGGAGAGCCGAGCCUUAAAGUUUCCAUCAGACUUGGAAGAACUCCGCGAACUUGCUGAACUGCUGAAAUUCUACAAGAAAGAGCACAAAGCCCAUGUACUUCUGCUGUUUUGUAGUGCAUACCUUUAUAAGCAGUGCUUCGCAAUUCCAGGUUCUAGCUUGCUGAACAUGUUAGCUGGUGCUCUGUUUGGACCAUGGUUGGGACUUUUCUUGUGUUGCUUUUUAACAUCAUUGGGCGCUACCUGCUGUUUCCUGCUAUCAGAUGCUUUUGGGAAACAGUUUGUUGUUCACUAUUUUCCUGAAAAAGUUGCAAUGUUGCAAAGAAAGGUUGAAGAGAACCGCAAAAGCUUGUUCUUCUUUCUCCUUUUCCUAAGAUUUUUCCCUAUGACACCAAACUGGUUCCUGAACCUUACGUCACCAAUCUUAAAUAUUCCUAUAACACAGUUUUUCUUCUCAGUUUUAAUAGUGUAAAAAAGAUCAGAGUAAGAGAGUGGAACGCUGACUUAUUGCCAGACCCCCUCUAAGAGAGUCAACUUAAGCUUGAAUUUCUGCACCUUCUAGGAUAUCUGAGUACUAAAAAAAUUUGUCCAGGAACAGAUGUCCUCCUUUGGCUGUUUUUCUGUCCACAUUAUGAUUCAUACAGCAAUUAUUUUGUAUUUGAGCAUUUAUUAUGGUGAGUAUACUCACAUAUCUGUACUUUUAGGAUGUUUACAGUUUGGCAUUUUCGUAUGUGGCAGUCUUAAAACAUGUAUUUGCAGUUUUGUAUAUAAUGAUUGCAUAGUACCACAGUUAUUUUUAUAAUGGUUCUGCUUUUGUGAAAAUGGACACAGAAGUGUGAUUUAUUUUUAUGUAGAUAAAAUUGAAAUAGAUGUAGAAAAAUUCAUGUAGUCUUUUUAAAUAGUAAGAAUUUUGAAGACAUAAGAGAAUUUCAUGAAAAUGUUCUAAAAUUGUAAUUUAUGUGCAAUAUCAUUACUUUUUAGUUGCAGUUAGUACCAGAAGGGUCUGUCAUAGUUCUUCCUAUUUAUUUUCAGACUUGCUUGUCACAUGGAAGAGGAGGCUUUUAUUAUUUUAAAUGUUCAGCUGUGCUGUGUAGUGAAUGACCAUAUAAGUUGUUUAGUAUAGAUAACUAGACUCACUGGCCUGUUGUUUGAAAGAGGCAACUUUUAUGCUUUAAGCAUAAAAUUGUGUAUGUAUUUAAAUAAUGUACUUAUGUCUUAUGUGUCAUGUGUCUGUAUCCAUGUACCUUCACGAGUAGUUGAAUCUGCAUGGACUUCUGUUUAAGAUGUUUAGGCCUUUUUGUAGUAAACCAGCAUUCACCAGACUAAGGCAAAAUCAAAAUGCCUUCCAGAAGCAGAAGCACUUGAUUUGUUUUGAUGUGUUGUACUAUACAGACACACUGUAUUAAUUAACUUUUACCACACAACUGCUACUUUUGUAUGUGGCAUAUGUGGGGAGAUAGAAACAAAUUAUGAGUACUUUUUUUAAGGACACUGCUGCAGAUUUUGUUUAAUUUUGUGCUAUAAACAUCCUUUUGUUGCAACACACUGCAGACUAGACUCGUAUAUCAAAGAGCUGUCUGCAGUGUUAGAAACAUUAAGGUGUUUGCUUAUUUUGCCUCUUACAUGGCUAAGCUGCCAUGUUUGGCGUGGAGACACCUGUGAAUCAUGCAUAGCAUCCCAGUGCUAAGACUAAGGAUUGAAUUUAACCUCAGGAUCUCCUAGUCUUAGAUUCAGAUCUCCACCCAGUUGUACCUGUAGUUGCUAAAUGGUAAGUCAGGACCACCACAGACAUAUUUUAUGUGGGAACAGAGCAUGAUGUCAGCUGAGCUAGUGCCAACAUUUUAAUCCUUCAACUCACAACCACCAAAGAAAGAAGCCUGAGGCCUCCAUCAGUGCCCAGUGUUUAGCUGUGAAGGGAGAGUAAUAGUGAAAGGGACUGACUGACUUACAAGACUCCUCUGUAUAACCCAGAAUAAAGCAAAGACAGUGAAGAUGAGAGACCCAGCUUGCAGGUCUAGCCUGGAACUUGCUGCUGUUCAAUAUACAGCGACAUUUGAUUACUCACCCAAGUGAGAUGUCACUGCCCCAUUUAUGGUCAAUAGAAGAAAUGUCCAUGUUCCCCCGCACCAAGUCUUGGAAUUGAGACUUGUGACAUAGGUGCUGUCAGAACACAUUCACCAGGGCAAGUUGAAAUCCAUCAGCCAAACAAGGAAACAGGACUUUGAGUUCCCAUAACAUUUUCUCAGUAUGAAUUCACACCUGACAAUCAUGCAUGGUGGAAAAUAUUUAAAUGGGUAUGUGACAGCAUGCUUUAGCAGACAUCUGAAAUCUCAACUUUAGGGCCUGCACUAUCCUUUCAUGUGUUAGUGCUGCCCUUGAUUCAUGCAUCCCCACUGAACAUUCUGUUUGAUAGCCCCAUCUGAACUGGACAGGCUAACGUGGCAUAUGCAAUCUGUCUGCCUGUGUUCAAGAAGGGAGUUGCAGCUGAUCCUCCAGCCAGUUAUUGAAGGAAACUCUCUGUUUCCCCUUGGAAUCCUCCAGUAUCACCACUUCAUAAGAUAAGGAGGGUCCAAAUACUGGUGAUUGACUGAGUGAUCUUCCCAUUCCAGACUACAUAACCAUUCAAAAAAUCUUGUUAACUCAUGAAAUUCAGUCUGGAAUGGCUAUCUUUUCCUGUAGUUCUACUUGCCGGUCUCCCUCCCCUUUGCAUUUCUGAUGCACUUUCUGUAGUCACCUCCCUGGCUUAUACCAGGAAGUGAGCAUUCAGUGAAGUUGUCUCUAUUCCUUCCCUGGAGGUAGGUGAACAAACCUUUCAUUGCACUCUUUUCUUUUCCAGCUAAUGCCUCAAGCACCCAGUCCACUUCAUCUAUCCACGCUUGUGUGUUGUACCCAACUCAUAUUACAGCCUUGUGAGCAGCCACUACCAGCCAGGGAGUCUAGUAGGCAAGAGAGGGAAACGUAAAUAGAUUGACAAAUUGUGCUUCUUGGGCCCUUAUUUCCUUCUGCAUAGUCAGGGCUCCAUUUUCUGCAGGUGUAGCUCUAAGUAUUUGCCCUUCAGUAAAGAGGUACCCCAGGUUCCCAUUACCUUAGAUCCUCUUGUUUUGUGAUGCCAUGUUUGCAGCCUGGCAAUUUUUGGGUUUAAAACUCAUAAAAAGUCAAAUUAUGUGUACAACCCCUCUGGCUGAAUGAUCUUCUUUUCUCAGCAGGUAUCCCAGAGUAGAUGACUCUAUUAUCUGUCCUGACAAGCAUAUGUUUGCAAAAACCUAGCACCUGACCAUACUUUACUUAUUCAGAAAAUCUUUGGACAACUCUGGCAAAAAGUUUUUUUUUCUGCCAGUUUAAGUCUGUAAGCAGUGAUUCAUUCUUCUGCCAUUUUGUGAGUGUGAGUUCUUAAAUGUCUGCUGAUUGCUUCUUGUUUUCAGACUUUUGUACUUGACCAAGCCUCAAAGAAAAUUACUUCCCUUUCACAUUCAGAUGAGCAGUACACUGCAGGGAAGCCCAUAAUACGUGUGAGUCAUUGUGCCUAUGACACUGCAUAUUCAAUGGCUGGGGUUGCUGCCAUGAUAUCUACCUCUGCAGAGCAUUGUGACUCAGGUUCUGUCCAUAUCAAGAGGAAUUCACAUUAGAUUGUCCUGGAAUCUCCACUCCAGGGGUGAUAAGCUUUUCCAGUAGUCAUUGCAGGAAAUUUUUAAGAACCUUCAGAAGAGGGAAAGGCUCUUUCCACUACGGAGGAUGUGUAUAAUCCUCCUGUUACCUUCUCUCUUAAACGUGUCCUUUUAUUUAUGAGAAAGAAAGCAGCAAUUCACCAGGAAGAUAUUUCUAGAUGGUGUCAGUAAGCAUAAUGAAUGCAUGGCUAUCCUUAGUCUUGGCUUAGAAGGUUUCUCCACUUAGAUGGCUGGUUGCUGGUCAAAGUAGACUAGGAAUUCUCUUGUCUAAAUUAUUUGCAGUGACACUCAGUUGGGGAAAGUCCUUCCUACAGCCAUUAGAGAACAUUUCUUUUGUAGAGUUGAUUUAAAAAUCACAUCACAAUUUCAGGUUCAUGCUUGCAUCCCUCUGUUAAUCUGUAGUCAGACCAUCAAGCCAGUGGGAGGCUAGCUUAGUAUGUACAAGCAACAUUGAAAGUAUAAAUCAGAUAAACAGAAUAUUUUGAGAGUAGUCUGCACUGUGAAUCAGUUAAUAUAUGUACUUAAAUAUUUCACAUGUUGCUUUUUUAUUGACAGACCUUGAAACAAUUGAUUGAAAGGAUUUUACACUGAUGGGUAUUUUGUUUUUAGGUUAAUGUUUUCAUUGAUAUUACCAUUUUGUGAAUGACAAUGUAGUAUUGUAAACAGGAAGAUCCUCAUAUUUAGUGUUUGUUUCCAUUUGGAGGAAACAUUUGAGCUGUCUAGGCUGGUGCUCUGUUAAUCUAUGUUUUGUUCAACAAACUUGCCAAAAAAAUUCCCAUCGUUGUAUAUAUUUUUGGCCUUGGGUUAAUCUUUGAAAUACUUUAAGAAAUAUUUCUGUGUCCAAUACAGGUAAUCUGCAUUUGCAAUGCAUAUUUUACUUGAUCAGUAUUCAUAUUUUAUUAUGUUAGCACUUUUCUGCCACAUUUGUCUUUACAUCUGGGGUUUUGUUACCACAACUUUAACAGUGGUUUGGGUUUGGAACUUGAUGCAUGAAUAUGAUGUAUUGAAUGUAUUUGACCUUUGAAAGCUGAACCUUUGUAGUACUUGUUGGCUUUAUUGCUUUAACUUGUAUAUGCAUGGAGUUUUUGCCAAGUGUCAGUACUGUUUAGGCUACAGCUAGAUGUAAACAGUAACAGUUGCUGAAUUUAAUUUGAAUACUGCCCUUUUAUUUUACUUCAUCCAGAUGCCCAUUUUGUAAAAAAAAAAAUGAGAGCUGAAAUACUGUAAAACCAAGAAAUGUCUUUACUUUUAUUGCUUUGUUUUUAGGCUGCUCGCUGAUUUUAUGUAACUGGUAUUUCCCCUCUUCUUUUUACAUAAGUAUCUCCCCAAGGUUUGUCGUGUUUGCAGGAUGCUUUAGACUGAGAUAGUGGAUUGAGGCUUUUUUUUAUCUCCUUCCAUUUUGCAUCUGUAGCUAUCUUGUCUAUUACUUUAUGGCUACUUUCAAUCCACUUAAUUUCAAGGGUUGGCAUGUUACUUUCUGUGCUUCUGUCAGGUUUUGCACUCAUCUGCUUCUCGCCACUAAUACUGAAGUGCUGAGCCAUAGCUCAGUGAACUCUGGCCAUAUAAGACAAGGUUAAGACCUGGACUGAGAUCACACCACCAGUCCAAAACGAAAUACAUGUGCGUGCAUACAUUUAAAAGGAAUCAGGGAUGUGCAGUAACUGUUAGAAGCUCCCUGAUGGAAUCCAAAACAGAAAUAUGUACCGGUUAAUCUGUUGUUUCUAGAUGGACAGAAAUGUAUUUUGAACAGAGAUUUAAAGCCACUUUUGGACUAUAAAUUUAUUUUACGUAUUUGUAGGCUGGGAAAGCCCACUGGACAAAUUUCCCUUUUCAGGGGGGGUGACCCAGGAGCCCUGUCUGUGAAGUGACUUGCUCAGAAUCGCACAGUAGGCAAAUGAAAGUGGAAGGAAUUAAACUCUUUAGCUAUAGCAGGGGCAUGGGAAGUGGCUAACUAACAGCUUUUAGUUCUCUGCUCUAACUGACAGACCUUUGAUGCUUGAAAUUGUUGGUUUGCCUCUAAGAGGAUAAAGUAUGGAAAACUGGCUAGAGCAACAGAAUGUGAGGUAAUUUGUACCUUUCUUUGCUAAUUUUAGUUUUCAACUAAAAUUUAAAACUGCCAUUUCAUCUCUUCUUAUGCUCCAUGUCUUCUGGGCUGGAUUUGGUAAAAAUCUGUGCAUCCUAGUGCCAUUGAUGAAUAAAGUUUUAUGUUUAUGAGUUAGCACUUUUUAUUUAACUGUUAACAAUUUCCAAAGAACUAUAAUAUCAUGAGAGGCAACAGCUAUUUCAGGAAGAGCCUUUGCCCCUCAGUGAAGAGUCUUACCAAAAUAAUGGUGACACUUUUCAAUGACUUAAGUGCCUUUUAUAUUUUAUUACAAACACAGCACUGAUUUUGAUCUAAAAUAAAUAAAUAUUUUUGAAAGCA